AGGGAAGGUAGCGAAAAGACAUAGUUUUUUUGAGAGAGACGAGAGAGAUGGGGGUGUGCUUUGGUACUCCUGACUUCCCUUCUCCUAGCUUUACUGGUCAUCUCAAAUCAGGAGCGAAGUGGAAAAUCACUACUUCAUCUUCUUCUGCAGCCAGCAAUGGCCAUAACUUGCCGGCUGCCCGCAGUAGUUCAUCAUCUUCUGCAGCCAGCAAGGCAGCCAGCAAUAGCCAUGACUUGCUGGCUGCCCGCGACAGAAAGGCCUUCGGAGAUGGAAAGAUUGUGGCGGACCCCAGCUUGACCGUCUUCAGUUUCGCAGAGUUGAAAGAGGCGACCAAAAAUUUUCCAGUCCAUGCGCUGCUUGGAGAGGGAGGAUUUGGUCGUGUCUAUAAAGGGAUGCUUCAUGGGAAGCAACAGUCUGGAAGUAAAGAGACUAUAAUAGCUGUGAAAAUAUUAAACCGGGAUGGCACUCAAGGGUAUAUAGAGUGGCGGAGGGAGAUAGGCUUUAUUGGAGGGAUAUCUCACCCAAACCUUGCCAAGCUCCUGGGAUUUUGUCACAACGAUGAAAAUUUAGCUCUUGUUUAUGAGUUCAUGCCAACUGGCAGUUUGGAAAACCAGCUAUUCAGAAAGGGCUCCGUAGAUCAUCUUUCAUGGGAUGUACGCCUCAAGAUUGCGGUCGGGGCUGCCAGAGGCUUGGCCUUCUUGCACGGAUCCUAUAACAUGAUACACAGGGAUUUCAAAAGUGCAAAUAUAUUGCUAGAUGGGUCUUACACAGCCAAACUCUCGGACUUUGGAUUGGUGAGGUCUGGUCCUCCAGCGGACAAGUCACAUGUUUCAACACAGUAUAUGGGUACUUGUGGCUAUGCUGCCCCGGAAUACAGAGCAACUGGGCAUCUUACUGUAAACAGUGAUGUUUACAGUUUCGGCAUGGUGUUGCUUGAGAUACUAACAGGUUUGAGGGCGUAUGAUCCGAAGCGUCCAGCAGCCAAGGCUAAUUUAGUGAAGUGGGCCAAACCACUCUUAUCCAGUAAAAAAGUGAGGACUAUAAUGGACUCUAGAUUGAAGGGCAAAUAUUAUGCAGACUCUGCACUCCAAAUAGCACAGCUAGCUUCAAUAUGCCUCCAACGGGAACCUAAGCAGCGGCCUUCAAUGUCUGAAGUCGUGGAAGAACUGGAAUCAAUAGAAGCUGCCAGUGCUAAUAGAAUACUAUGGAAUGCUUGA